CGUGUGUCGUCUGAAGGGUAGGGAGGUGCUCGCGCGCCCGGGUGUCAACCCAAGUGUAAUGUGGAAAUAUCACUCGCAUACGGCAAAAAUGUGAUGCCCUCGUAUGUAUUUGGUGUUCACCUAAUAAUUAGUUCUUGUCAGAGUCAGCUUACUGACAUCUUGACAACUAAAGUGUGUACUCGUAUUUAGUGGGAAACCAAAUAAGAAAUCGUCAAGAUGGCCGACCUGGAGGCGGUGCUGGCUGAUGUGAGUUAUUUGAUGGCUAUGGAGAAGAGUAAGUCUACUCCAGCCGCCAGAGCCAGCAAGAAGAUUGUCCUGCCAGAUCCCAGCGUGCGGAGUGUGAUGCAUAAACACCUGGAGAAGAUGGGCGAGGUCAACUUCGACAAGAUCUUCAACCAGAAACUCGGUUACCUCCUAUACAAAGACUUUAGUGAAAACGUAUGUGAGGAGCCCGUUCACCAGCUUAAGUUUUACGAGGAGAUCAAGGCGUACGAGAAGAUAGAGAAUAAGGAAGAGAGAAGAAAAGUCGCCAGAGAAGUCUACGAUAACUUCAUCAUGAAGGAACUGUUAUCCAACACCCACGCCUACAACAAAGAAUCCGUUGCCUUUGUACAAAAGCAUCUAACGAAAAACGAAGUUCCUACCGAUUUAUUUGAGCCUUACAUAGAAGAAAUAUUUACGCAUUUAAGAGGGGACCUCUUUAACAAGUUUGUUGAAAGUGACAAGUACACCAGAUUCUGCCAAUGGAAAAACCUCGAGUUGAAUAUUCAGCUGACUAUGAAUGACUUCAGUGUACACAGGAUUAUCGGACGUGGAGGAUUUGGAGAAGUUUAUGGGUGUCGCAAAGCAGACACCGGCAAGAUGUAUGCCAUGAAAUGUCUCGACAAAAAACGAAUAAAGAUGAAACAGGGUGAAACCUUAGCACUCAAUGAGCGAAUUAUGCUUUCACUAGUCAGUACCGGGGUUGAUUGUCCUUUCAUUGUGUGUAUGACGUAUGCGUUCCACACGCCGGACAAGCUGUGCUUCAUCUUGGACCUCAUGAAUGGUGGGGAUCUGCACUAUCACUUAUCCCAACAUGGUGUCUUCAAUGAACAAGAAAUGAGAUUUUAUGCAGCGGAAGUUAUAUUAGGGUUAGAACAUAUGCACCGACGAUACAUCGUGUAUCGAGAUCUAAAGCCAGCUAAUAUACUUCUGGAUGAACACGGUCACGUCAGGAUAUCCGACUUAGGAUUAGCAUGCGACUUUUCCAAAAAGAAGCCACAUGCAUCGGUAGGAACUCAUGGAUAUAUGGCUCCUGAAGUGCUAAGUAAGGGAACGGCCUAUGAUAGUUCGGCAGAUUGGUUUUCCUUUGGCUGUAUGUUAUAUAAGUUGCUCAAGGGUCACUCCCCAUUCAGGCAACAUAAAACUCGAGAUAAACACGAAAUUGACCGCAUGACUUUAACGAUGAAUGUUGAACUACCUGAUACAUUUACACAAGAGCUUCGGAGUCUUUUAGAAGGCCUACUUCAUAGAGACGUUGACAAAAGAUUGGGCUGCAAAGGCAGAGGGGCUGAUGAAGUUAAGGAACAUCCAUUUUUUGGCGGUCUUGACUGGCAACAGGUGUACCUGCAGAAGUACCAACCUCCUCUCAUCCCACCUCGAGGUGAAGUUAAUGCAGCCGAUGCAUUUGACAUUGGUUCGUUUGAUGAAGAGGAUACAAAGGGUAUUAAAUUAACUGAAGCAGACCAGGAACUGUACAAAAACUUCCCACUAGUAAUCAGUGAACGGUGGCAGACUGAAGUGGCAGAGACUGUAUUCGAUACUGUAAACCAGGAAGCAGAUAAGGUUGAGAACAAACGACGUGCAAAGCACAAAUUUAAGUUUGAUACAGAUGAAAAAGAAUCAGACUGUAUAAUUCAUGGUUACAUCAAGAAGUUAGGUGGACCAUUCACAUCAGCAUGGCAAACGCGAUAUGCAAAGUUAUAUCCAAAUCGUGUUGAACUUCACUCAGAAUCUAGCUCUGGGAAGCCGGAGCUCAUAUUUAUGGACCAACUAGAUGAUGUAUCAUCAGAUUUUGUACAGAUAAAAGGAGAGAACUGCAUUGUUCUUAAAACUAAAGACAGCAAGAUUGUUUUAACGAACCCUGAUGAAAUUGGCCUUAAGGAAUGGUCCAUUUCCUUACGGUCAGCUCAUAAGAUGUCCCUCGAACUGCUCAGUAAUAUGGCGAAAAAAGCUGGAAGAAUUUAUGGCACCGAAGGUAACAAUAAACCCUCUAUGAUGGCUAGAAAUGGCAAUGGUAAUUAAGUUUGAGAAGAUAAGGUGAAGUUCCCUUGUGCACUGUAAGUUGCUACUCUGACCAACUAUGAUUCUCACAAUGACCAGAUAUCUGGUAAACUAUUUACUUCCUCCUAAUAAACAUGACAUUAAGUCACCACAAGGAGAGAAGAAACUGUUAACCAAAGUAGUUAUAGCUGAAAAAUAAGUAUCAUUAUUAAUGGGUGCAACACUGGUAUGUGCAAAACUCCAUAUAUUUUAUGAAAUACAAGGCAAGUGUAUUAUGAAAUACAAGGGAAGUGAAAGCAAGCAACUGUGAAUAGCCUGAAAAAUAAUCUUAUUAAUAAAAAGAACAAGAAGCAUAGUUCUUAUCAUUAAACUGCACAUUAGAUAUUUGUUUUUCUUUUUUUUUUUUUUACAAAAUGUACUAGUUCAGAUGAAAAACCAGUCAUUCUUUCUGGUUUUAUAUGACACUGCAGUUUGGGAUAUAGAUUCUCAAGAUUUUUUUUAACAGUGAAUCUUUUAUGGAAACCUAAAGUGAAGUGCAUUGGUGAAAACGUCAUCCAGUCAGGAAUACAAUAGAUAAACUAUAUUUUCUUGGAUAUGCUGUGUACAUUACGCUUUGUAUUAUAAUGUUGCUACUGACUACAGUCAUGCACAUUUGUGUUCAAGAAAGGACAGAAGAUUUGAAAAGAUGUUAGCCUUCCUGAUAUCCAAAGGCUUCAUUAACAGUGAAAUAGUUUUAGAGUGAAAAUUUGGAUAUACGUAUUAGUUGGGAAAAAUCCAGUUAUAGCAGUUCUCUCAUUGCUUGUAUCCCAAAAUACACUUCAAUCCUCCUGUUUUUGUUUUUUUGUUUUUUUUUCAUUAAAUACAUGAGGUUGAAUUAAUCAUGGGACUUUUUAAGUGUUCACAGCUCUAUUUUUGUGCCAGACAGUAGAACAAAAUCUCUAGGAUUAACUGUUACACUGACACUGUGAUGAUGUCUUACUAAGUGAGUACGUCGUGAGAUGAGAUGUGGGACUAAUUUAAUGUGUUGCCAGUGACAACAUGUGCAGUAAACCCCUAUGGUGGAUCUGUUGCCAGCUUCUCUUGUUGACACUGUCAACUUUGGUGUUGGUAAAAAGAAUUUUCAUGUAUGUGUUUCCUUGUGUGUGCACUUAAUUGUGCUGCUGUGAGAUUGAUUUAGAAUGUGUCACAGUAACCUUUUAAGAUUCUAAAACUUCACCAUGAACAAUUAUUUGUAUAGAUUACUGUGAGGUGCAGCAAGACAUGCUUAGACAAUCUUCUUCAGGCAUUCUUGCUGGGCUUUGUGCACCACCCAUCUGCUUGUGACUGAUAUACAGACUUACUGUUUUAUUUUGAGAACUUUUUGAUCCUUGUGAUAACUGUUUAUUUUCCUGUUUAUACAGUCAACUUUUAAGAUGUAUAGCUGAAUACAAAUACAGCAUCAUUGGUCAUUAUGGCACUGUGUAUACUGUCAAGUAUUGUCAGGAACGAUGAGUCACAAUAACGUGGCUGAAGAUAUGAUGACUAAACCACACACCAGAAGAUGAGGAGUAGACGACAUUUCGGUUCGUCUUGGAUCAACACAAUCGAUUUGAUAAUGGUCCAGGACAGACAGAAAUGACAUCUCGGCUCGUGGUGUGCGGUUUAGUCGUCAUUGUUAGGAAACUGGUCACAAACGCUUCCUCAUCACAUUCAUAUGGUGAAGAUCAGUAACAAGACUCACUUCUUUUUUCUUCACUCUUCUAUUUAAUAUCCUGUCUGACAUGUGAAGUGUCUUAUGUAAAUCUUAAUACUAUUUAAUUUGUCAUUGUAAUUAUGAAAAAAUUAAUGAUUUUUAUUAAUAUUUAUUUAUAAAUAGCUGUGUGUGAAGUAAGUUUAUACUGCUGUGUUGUAUGUGACUGCAUUGCAAUGUAUAUUUAGAAAAUAGUGUGUUGUGUUGAGGAUAGAGUAGGAGGGAAGCCCAUAAAAAGAUUGAACAUUAUUAUUGGAAGCAUGAGAUUGGCCUUCCUGGUGAACUGUGUGUAUCUACUUAAAGGAUCACAAUCAUACGAGGGACAUCAUCAUACUUCCCAUCAUCCUCUUAUUUGUUGUUAAGUGUUCAUUUUUUUUUUAUCCAGUGCUCCUUAACAUAUUCAUCAUUUGCAUCAUGAUUGUCUCAUCAGUAAGGGAAUAAUUUCACAUCAGUGGGGGGAGGGUGUAGCUUUUUUGUUAGUCAUUAUGUAAUUACUACGUAGAGGUACUGCCACUCUGUGAAGCUUUCUUUUCCUUGUAAACUGUAUUUUUCAUAGAUUCUUAGGCAUCCUACAGGUAUUUCAGACUGGUGUUUCACGAGUAGGAAAAUUGUGUAGAUUGUGGAAGUAUUUAGCAUCAUGGGAAAAUAUUUCAUUUAAUGGAUUCAUAUGUGAGAAGGCACAUGAAUGCACAUAGCAUACUGGGUUUAGCAAUAAUGAAAGUCUUUCCUGUGUUUUGACCAUGGGAUGCUGUUACAUGUGCCACUUUAUACUGUCACAGAAUGCUCACAUUAUUACACUAUGAGAGAAGCUAUCAUUCUCAUAGACAGGUGCUGCAGACCUUUUCUUGAACAGGGCUGCAUUAGAAUCUAAAAAUAAGACCAUCAUCCAGUAUUAUAAGAAGCAGGGCCUUUUUUAAAUUUUAUUUCAUUAUUAUAUCACUAGAACUUUUAUUUUUCUGUAAUAUUCUACAAGCAAUUUUAAAUGGCUGUUAAAUGAAUAUUUUUCAAGUGAAUAGUACAGUCCAGUUACAUCAUAAUGGUUUUAUUACCUUUGUCAUCUUAUGUGUUCAAAAUACUCUUGUCAAUAUAAUCAAAAUUUUUUAUCAGUUGGCCAAAAUUUGUAACUUCAGUUAAAACUGAUUAAUGAUAAAAAUCAAGAUGUAGUAAAAAACACCUAAGGCAUAUUGCAAUUAAUAGUGUUGUUUUCAUAUUGUGGAUGGUCCAUAAAUAAUUUAUGCACUGUAUAAAUAAUGCAGAAUUUCAA